GGCGGGCAGUGCAGGUGCUGAGCUGUGCGGGGUUGUGGCAGGUGCGGGGUUGAUUGCGAUAGUCUAUCACACAGCCCGGGAGCGGUGACUACAAGCCAGCGGGACUGAGGCAGAGUGCGGUGAGCCGGCUGACAGAGGUUUAAGAUGAACACUUCUGGGUUUAAAAGGGGUCAGUGGGCCUCCCAGUCCCUCCGAGUAACGGCCAGAGAGCUGUCUCUCGUGAAGCCGAAGAAUGCGGCCAUAAUGGAACGUUUCUCCAAAUAUCAAAAAGCAGCUGAAGAAGCCAGCCAGGAUAAGAAGAGAACUAACACAGAAACUCUUCCGUCCUCUUUUAAUCGAGGGUCCCUGAGCGUGUUAAGGAAGAAGUGGGAGAUCCCUGGUCCGGUCGCUCGGACAGAAAUUAAGCACAGUAGCAGCUUUGUCAUACGGCAUAGAGUCAGCAGCCCCAAGACUGAAACUACCCCUGCCGACCAUUCUGAGGUCGAAAGCCCCAAGAUCCGCGCUCAAGUGCAGGAACAAAGCCGCUUCCGCUAUCCCAGUGCCUCAGAACUUCGUUCUUCCUCCACUGAGGUUGAGAGCAUGGAACAAGAUUUGGAGACUUCAAAGUUGGACAACCCUGAACCAUCUCCUAAGAUAGAGAAGUUCAAUGUCCCUUUAAACAGCCUGAAGAUGAUGUUUGAGAAAGGUGAAGCUGCCGUCCAUAAGCAUCCUCAGCGUGAACCAGGGAAAAUAAAUAUUGGGAGGUUGAAUGCAGAAAACCACAUGACAAAUGAAGACUCUGAUGCCUUCUUGGAGAAAAGUACUUCCAUCGGUUCUCCUGAUAGCAGUCCCAGUAAGCUCACCUCUCAGAAAAGUUUUGAAAUAUCUCAUGUCCUGGAAACCUCCUCUCUUAAGGAUAGAAUGGCUAAAUACCAAGCGGCUCUGAGCAAACAGGCCAAGCCGGCCUCUCCUACGAAUGACAUGAAAGCCAUUUGGAACGACAUGAAGUCUGAGCAAAAAGAAAACGUUCCUCCCAGUCCAGCACGCUCCAGCUCCUCCAUUGAGGGCGAAAAGAGAUCACUCAGUGAAAACAGUCCUUCUACACCCCGGAGCCUGGCAGAUAGUAAUGGAAAGUCUGAGGAUGAAGUUCAGAGACCCAGCAGUUCUCCAGGUUAUAACCCACAAGCAAGAGCCCUAAACCAGCUGGAAACAACUCCUCCCAAAAUUACUAAGAAGUUUCAGCCACCGCCAAGAGAGAUCUGCUUUGGGUGUCAGAAGACUGUUUACCCGAUGGAACGUCUCUUUGCCAACGAGCAAGUGUAUCACAACAGCUGCUUCCGCUGUCAUCACUGCUCCACAAAGCUCAGUCUGGGGAACUAUGCCUCACUGCACGGGAAUGCAUAUUGCAAGCCUCACUUCAACCAGCUCUUUAAGUCCAAAGGGAACUACGAUGAGGGUUUUGGACAUAAACCACACAAAGAACUGUGGGAGAGCAAGAAAGAUGCCAAUGAGAAUAAUGAGCAACAAGGUAAUACCACUGAAGACCCUGGCAGUCCUGUUGUAGAAGAGGCACCAAUUGCUAAAGUUGGUGUCCUGGCUGCAUCCAUGGAAGCCAAGUCAGCGAGUAAUGCACAUGAACGAGAAAAACAAGUUGAAACCAAAAAGCUGAGAAUUGCUUGGCCACCUCCAAUGGAAUCAUCAGGCUUAGGUGGUACUUUGGAGGAGAACAUAAAAGUGUUCAAACCAAAAUGGCCACCAAGCGAAGAGUUUAUAAAAACAGGAAAUCCGGAAGAUACUGACCUUAAGAAGCUUAGGAGAAGUUCCUCUCUCAAAGAGCGCAGCCGUCCAUUCAUGCUAAGUAUAGCAAAACCAACUGUCACCAAAAACCAGAAAGAAUCAGAAAGUUCAUCUGAGUUGUCGCCAGUAUUACGAAAGCCUGAAUCCCUGCAACUUGGGGAUGAUUUGGAAAGAGAACAUGGCAAUAAACCAGAAGAUGAUGGGGCCAAAGCUGACCUGGAUGAGGAUGAACCUUUUCACAUAACCACUAAAGCCAAGGAUGAAACUCCUUCAAACCCUGAAGACGAGAGCUUCUUAGAAAAUGGGGACCAUUCUGAAUUGGAUGUUUCCAACCAGCAACUCUCCCCUGAGGAAUCUACCCAUUCGAAAAACUCAAGCACAGAAGAUCUAGUAGUGUCCAAGGAGCUUUCUCCAACUUUGAAUCGAAAAUCUCAAGACAACUGUUACUUUGAAGAAGAUGUGGAAGAACUGAGUGUAGAAGAACGGAUCAAAAGAAAUCGUUACUAUGACGAUGAUGACGAAGAUGAUUAUUAGUAAAUUUUGUGAAAGUUUUGUUGUACAUGGCUCGGCCUUAAUGCCCUAGGUAAUACUGAUUUAAUUUUGUAUCUAGUGUAAAGUCCCAUUUUAAAACUUUUGUCCCCCCCUGCCCCCAUGUUUAAGUUAGUAAUAUUUAAUGUUUUCAAGAAUUUAAACUUGUAGGGAUGUGAUUGCUUUAGAACAAGAUCCCCAUAAUUUUUUCUCCAGGAAAUUUAUUGUCUUGCCUCUAGGAGAUCAUCAUACAAGCUUUCAGAGUCAUGGGGAUGUAUAGCACUUUGUAGUACAAUUAAAGCGUCUGUAUCAAGAAAUCGGCCUUCAUUCUGCCAACAGCAAAUGCAUGAUGUUUAGUUAUCAAAAGCUUGCUUUUAAUAUUCUGUGGACAGCUGUUCCUCAGACUCCCCAAUACACACACCUGUUAGGUUUUGCCAGGUGUAUAUGUGCUUUGAAUGGUGAGAGACUCUGCCAGGCAUCUCUAGUGGGGGGAUUAUCAAUGAAACUCAAGUUUCCCGCCCCUUCUUUGCCUUAACAUCUUCGGUCAGAGAGUUAUGAGGCCCCUAUAUAACUUAUUGAACUGGCCACACCAAAAUCUGAGCUUUAUGGCUGAUGGCCCUCCUAUGCGCUGAAAAUAAUCAUUCUCAGCCAACAGUAUGUGUAUAGGAAGCUCCCAACAAUGUCAGGAGAGAAAGAUGGGGCACAGAUAUUAAGUUGCCACCAGAAGUGUCUGGCUUUCUUCUCUAUACCCAUUGACCAUCACAUACACGUUUGUUUAAACCGGACAUGUAUACAGGAGUCGGGAUAGAUGGCUGUCAGCCGAAUGAGCAUUUGACUGACAGCCAUUGGAAGGUUGGUGGCAUCUUGAGCCUUCACCUGCUUCCUCUUCCUACAGGGGUGGUGUGGAUGAAAGCAAUUUUUUGGGCAAAGUUCUUGCAGAAUGUUAGUGUUUUGUUUUUUUUUUGUUUGUUUUUUAUGUCAUAAUCUGGAAAUAUUUUAUAGUAGAGAAUCCUCAAUCUUCAAAGUGUAAGGCAGUUGUCAUGUGUGGUUUGUAAACUGCAUAAUAUUUUAUGGUCAACUUUGACGCAACUCUUCUCAAAAUCCUGUUUUGCACAGAUCUGUACAACGGUAAAGCAUUCCUUCUCUAUGCACUGUUCUUAUUUUGUAUUGUAGCAUUUUAAAUUUGCUUGGCUCGUCUUACCUGGCGUGGUAGGGGGUUGUAAGGAAAACUGACCCUAUUGUUUUGCACAGCUGGAACUUUGUAAACCGUGUUAUUUUAACUGUCCAGGCGCUUUGUUCAGAUGUGGGAAUUUUUACAUAAGUUCUGCAGUAUAUACUUUGUAUAAAGGCAAUAUCUUUUAUCUCUCCAUUGUAGGCGCUUUUUGGGAAUACACUAGUAUUUCAGGUGCGAUGUGUAGUUUUAAUUCUCAUGAAAACUUUAUCAUUUUAGAAGUAGUGAACUGGAAGAAAAACGACCAAAGUCUUGAUGCAUGUGGAGCCUUCAGUUAUGGUUGGCCUAGUCCACCCUUCAACCCUCUGUGGGUCAUAAAGUGCAAUGUGCCGCUUCUUUUAUUACACUUUUACUAUAAAGUAAUGGCAAAUAGGUUUAACAUGUGCAUAAAUCGUAGCACAGUGGAAAUGUCUUGAGCUGAACCAGUAAUUAUGAGGAUGCCCUCUGCUCAUUCACCUGACCAUUCUGGUCUUGUGGCCAGAGUCCUCAUGAAUGUUUCAUUGCUAAAAGAUAGCUGCCUCCAUUGUGUUUAGAUAAUCCAGUGGGACCAAGUUUUGUAUUACAUUUUGCACUGGAAGUAAAUGUCUCAACUAUGCAAUAUACCGAGUACUUGUACAUUCCUGGUUUGCCACUGAUGAAUGUAUCUGCUGCUUCAUUGGGGUCAUAUGAGACCUGGACAUGGAGACUUAAGAGUUAUCAUUUGUGGUUUAAUUUCUGUAGUUCUGGCAGCACAAGUGUGAAAUCCAUCAUAGUCUCUCUACAAGGUGUGACCUGAGAGAAAGUGGUAUAACGUCAUAAUAAACACUACAUCAUAGUAGGCUACAGUAUGGAAGAUUUUCAUUUUAGAGGGCAGUGUAUGUGAUUUUUCUUAUGUCUGUUUUUACCCUAUCCCUGAAGAUUAAAAUAAGGAUUUUUUUUUUAUACAAGUGCGUCUUGCUGAAUGAGUUGAUAAGUUGGUACUUCAUUUUUUAAGAAAAAGUUGUAAUAUAUUUUCUUCCCAACCAAUCUGACAAUAAAGAGAUUUUUAUUCAAGAA